UUUUCCAGCAGUAUCUUAGUCUAGUACACAUCAUGAAGAUACUAGGUCCACUCUGUGGACUCUUUGCUCUAGCUAGGGCUCAGUUUGAAAAUCUUGAUAACCUCCAGGAUGUUCUGGAUGCAGAUGUUGAACAAUUUCACCAUGUUGGAAUUUCUGCAUCACUUUUCACAAAACUGGAUUAUCUUAUGAAAGCCCAAAGUGGGAAGAGGAUGAAAGGGGAUGAUGCUGCAAUCCAUUUUGACGAUCAAUGGGUAAUGGGUUCGAACACAAAAUCAAUGGUGGCUACAGUUGCUGCUAAAGUAGUGGACAUGGGUUUGAUCCAAUGGAAUACAACAGUUAAAGAAUUAUUUCAUGACGCUGGACUCUUCGAGGUCAAUGAAGGAUAUUGGCCAUCUACACUUGAACUGUUCUUGAGUCAUGGAAGUGGUGCCCCUGGUCUGGAGCCCAUUAGUUCCAUAUAUGUAGAUUUGGUAGACUAUAUAUUUAACAAAACAAGCUGGGUGGAUGGAUAUGAUAAUAGAGCAGAGAGAAUUUAUUUAUCAGCAACAAUACUCAAGGAUGAUCCGUAUGUUCCACAGUAUACUUUUGAAUACUCUAUUGGAGGGUUUACUAUUGCUGGUGCUAUGCUGGAAGUGGCGACUAACAAAACCUUCGAAGAGCUUUGUCAAGAACUAUUGUUUGAUCCUCUAGAGAUGGAAGGUUGUGGAUUUGGUCCAACAACCACAGAUCCUACCCUUCCUCCCAACCAACCUUGGGGACAUCUCAGUGAUGUUUGGGCUUACAGAAACCUUCCAGUUCCGCCAAGUGAUUUCUCAAAUAUUGCUUCAUCAAUGGUCCCAGACGGAGGAAUCAAAUGCAACCUGGACUCAUGGAGAAAAUAUCUGCUUGCUCAUCUUUUCGAAGAUACAGACUUUCUUCCUGCAGAGCAAUGGACCAAAUUGCAUACUCCUAUUGUAGGGGGAUACUAUGGGUUUGGAUGGUUCAUUGAUAACAGCAAUCCACUUGUUGGAACUGUUUUCACUCAUGGAGGAACUGAUGGCCAUAAUUUUGCAAACUGUGUAAUAAUACCUAGGUUUCAAAUCGGGGCUAAUAUUGCGACGAAUGUUGCAAACCAAGGAGUUCAAGGUAUUGGUUUCAACAAGGUUUUGGAGUGGAUGUUCACAAAUCUUGGGAAGAAAGAAUCAGAACACAUUGCAAGCAUUGCUGAAAAAAGUCGUCUACUUGAAUAUAGGCAUUUGUAAUUAUUUAAUCUUAUAAAUAAAAAACUUUGAUUUGUUUCUCAUGCAAA